GGAACUAAAGGCAAGGACAUCAACACCAUAAAGUCCCUCAGGGUACUGCGAGUCCUAAGGCCCCUGAAGACCAUCAAACGACUGCCCAAACUCAAGGUAACUACAUCUGUCACCUGUCAAUUCCACUCUGACACAGCAGAGAAGCCACUUCAAUGACCGGUGACAAGUUGCACACACACAAACACAGACGGAUGCACGCACAAACACACACACACACACACACUUUAAAGUGCAACAGCAGCAGACAGUGGAUUCCGAACUCCCAAGUGAUUGUAUGAGAGAUAAGCUAAUAUGCUAAUCACAUCAGUGGGAGAGAAGAGGAAAGGCGUGAUGUAAUGACUGAUAUCCCCAGUGUCUAUCUUCAUAUACCAGUUCAUCAUCCUCCACCCGGCGACCGUUUUUAAGUGACAAAUGAGAAAAAUGCAAAUCCAUCUCACUCUCAUCAGGACCCCAGCUCCGUCUCUGAUAUUGUCUCACCCAGACUAGACCAAAGUAAUUGAUUUGUGGAAAGGCAGUUGAUCAGACAAAGGUAAUGGAUCGGACCAAAGACAGCAGCAAAUCCUAUUAAUUUAAUUGAGGGGUGAUUGAGAUGAUUGAGAUUGAUCAGGGUUGGCAGGGAGAUAAGCCCACUACUCUCUAGCUCUGGUCCAGGACAUUACGUGCUGCUUGCUGAUGCUGAAGGCUCAGUCCUGAGAGAUCAGCAUCAGCAAGCUGCACAUAAUGCCCUGGACCAGAGCUAACCACUCUCAUACAGUUAGAUACUUGGACAGUGGCAUUUGUGACAGGUUGAUGGAAAUACCUUACAUCAGAGAGCAGCUCUGUGAGUUGCUGUCUCAUUCAUCCCAGCUGAUACAUAUUCAUUGGGCAGAUUGCAUACAUGCCAUGACAUGUCUCACACAGAGUCAUAAAACCACAAACUGAUCAACAGAGUGCUGUGAAGGGACUGUGUGUGUGUGUAUAUGUGUGUGCAGCCGUGUGUUCACAUGCAUGCCAAUGUGAGUUUGAGUGAUUGUGUGUGUGUCUCCCCCUUCAGGCUGUGUUUGACUGCGUGGUCAACUCUCUGAAGAACGUGCUCAACAUCCUCAUCGUCUACAUGCUCUUCAUGUUCAUCUUCGCUGUGAUCGCUGUGCAGCUGUUCAAGGGCAAGUUCUUCUACUGCACCGACGAGUCUAAAGGUCUGGAGAAGGACUGCAGGUACAUUACACACACUCUUACAAUAUUGACACUGACUAGUAUUGGAUAUGAACCAUUACUAAAUACAUAGCUCGUGCCAAUUGACCUACAAUAUAAUAUGAUAUUGUACUACUCUCUCUUUUUCUUUCUUUCAAUCUUUCUUUCUUUCUUUCUUUCUUUCUUUCUUUCUUUCUUUCUUUCUUUCUUUCUUUCUUUCUUUCUUUCUUUCUUUCUUUCUUUCUUUCUUUCUUUCUUUCUUUCUUUCUUUCUUUCAUUUUCUCUCUCUCUCUCUCUCUCUCUCUCUCUCUCUCUCUCUCUCUAUCUCUCUCUGUCUCCUCUCAUUCUCCUUUCUCUCGCUCCCUCUCUCCGUCAUUCAUCAGGGGUAAGUUUCUGGACUAUGACCGUGAUGACGUAGCGGCCCAGGAUCGUGAGUGGAGAAAGUAUGAGUUCCAUUAUGACAACGUGCUGUGGGCCUUCCUCACCCUCUUCACCGUCUCCACCGGGGAGGGCUGGCCA